AGUUGCCAUGACAACUGUUCAACGUUUGAAGUGCGACUAGAUAUAGAGGUUACCGCCUGUGGUCGAAGUCUAUUGAAUAACAGAGAACUCGCCUAACAAUGUCAUCCACUGUCCCGAAUCCGUCCACCUUCCCUUUAGUGGAUAAACUGAUGGAGGACGAUGCAGAGAAAGAUAUUAUGUUCUCUAAAGCAACGUGUUUUAUCAUCAUUGGAAAACCAGGUGUUGGCAAAUCGACUCUUGCUAGAAAAUUAGCCAUGAGUUGGAAUUGUGUCCUCAUUGAUGAUACAGAUCUUCUUAACAGCCACAUCAACAACGGGACAGAACAAGGUAUCCAGCUCUUUAAUAUAUUGGCUGAAGGGAAAACAGUUCCUGAAGAGAUGGUCGUCAAGUUAAUUGUUGAUCGGCUCAAUUCAUCUGAUGUUGAACACUAUGGUUAUGUCCUGGCCUGUUUGCCUUCAAUGUCAGAGGAGUACCUGAAAAUUCAGGAGCAAAUUGACCUGAUUAAAAACCUUAGAAUGUCACCAGACUUCAUCAUCAACAUCAAGUGUCCAGACAGGGACCUGAUUCAAAGGCUGUCAGGGGAGCGUCAACAUCCUGAGACAGGCCUUGUGUUCCAGAGGGAGAAAUGGGACCCUGUGAAGAAAGAGUCACCCAUGAAAAGUAGCAACAUAGAGGAUGAGGAAGGGGAGGAUCUGGAGGAUCUGGAGGAAGAGACCGAAGAGAUACAGCUCCAGAAAGACAUGCUCAAACAGCUAAUAAGAGUGAGAGAGAAUUAUCCAGAAAACGUCAACAGCAGGAUCAUACUCUAUAAGGACACCAUGCUCAAGCCUCUAGAGGAUUACAUGGCGGACCAUAAUCCCCCGUACUUAUUUGAGCUGGAUGGAAACAAAGACCCAGAGGAGCUCUAUGUGUCAGUGAUGUCUCGUUUGGAGUCCAUGGCUGUGAAGCGUGCAGCUUUGCCUGUGCAUUUGACGAUAGAGGACACAGAGUUUUCUGAUCAGAUGGAAAUGGAGGAGCUAUUUCGAACUCUGUCCUCUUGUAAGAUCGUCGCACCAGGCUUUCGUUGGCGAAGAAGCCGAUGGUCCACUACCUGCCCUGUGGCGCUCAAAGAGGGCAGGGUCAUCAAGGGCAGGCUUGAAUUCGCUGUUGGAUUCAUGGAUAAGAUGUACAUCCUGUCCUCUCUGGAAGCUUUGCAGAAAUUCAUGAAAAACCCUUGGCCCUACCUGCUGCCGCCCAUGCCCUGCCUGCCAUGUAGGGUGUCUGUGAUCGGGCCACCAUGCUCAGGAAAGAGCACAAUGUGUGCACUACUAGCUAAGCAUUAUGGAGCUGUAGUGGUAGAUGUAAAAGCAAUGAUGGAGCAUACCUUGGCUACAUUCAGACAGGACAUGCUGGAAAAAGUGCAUCACGAUGCCACAAUUGCAGCCCUGGAGAAGGUCAGGGUCAAGAUGGAGCUUGAAGCUAAAGCAUCAGGUAAUAUGGAAGCCAAUGAGGAUGAGUCUGAUGAAACUUACUCAGAGGUGACAGAAGAUCACCCAGAUGUUCAAGCUCUUGUAGAAGAAGCCAUAAAGGUGGCAGAACAGUCUCCUGCCACAGCUCCACAGGAGCUUUAUUUAGAGGCCCUGGAGAAGCACAUAAGAGAGAUUGAGGCUGCAGAUGAGGAUGCUGAAUUAAAAAAAGGUUGGAUACUAGACAACGUCCCCAGCACCAGAUCACAGCUGAUCACCAUUGAGGAGCUACAUAAUGCUAUAAUGCCUGAAGUCCUAUUCUGUCUGCAAGACAAUGUUGGAGAGGGAAGGACCGUACUAACCAGGAUGUAUGAACGGGAUAAGGAAGCGGUGGAUCGAGCUGUGCUGGCUCGCCUACGAGAAGAACGAAAACAGCAGAAGACACAAAACAGUCAUGAGACAUUGAAACAAAAUGAGGACUCAGUAAAGGGUUCACAGCCUACUGACACUCAGACAAAACUAGAGACAUUGCUUGAGGAGCCAAAUGAGGGUUCUGAUAAGUCUGACAUAGGCAAAACUUUAGACUCAGUUGCAUUAAAUGAUGAGGUGAUGGUGCUACCAAAGGUGUGGGAAAAAGGUUAUCCUGACGGCCCGGAGAUGGAUGCCUUAAGUUUGCAGCUGAAGCAGUUUUUGAUGGAUUGGGAAAGCACUGAGCUUGCCAUCACCUGCAGCUGUGCUAAAGUGGACAUCAAUAACAAAACCCCUCAGGACAUCCUCCGAGAGAUGAUUUGCCAUAUGGAUCAGUCAUUUAAGUACACAGCCAUGAGGAUAUCUAGUGUAGACCUGGAGGAGGAGGAAGAGGAUUCACUGGCUUUGGCAAAGGCUGCGAAACCAGAGGAUGUUAAUGAAGAAGAAGAAGAACAAGAAUCAGAGGAGGAGGUCAGCUUUAAGAGGCAGCUGGGAUAUACUAAGAAUUUUUGUCCAGUCGUGCUGAAGGAGAAGGGUACACUACUGCAGUGUCUGGAUGAACACACUGCCAAGUACAGAGAGAAAGUCUAUUAUUUCUCCAGCGGAGAGGCACAAGAAAAGUUCUUACAGAACCCUGAAUUCUACAUCUCAAGCACAGAACUAUUAAAGCCACCAGCGCCGCGGGUCUUCAUGCUUGGAGUGAGGGGCUCGGGGAAGACAACCAAUGGGAAGUGGCUUGCCGAAAAACUGGGAGUCUUCCACAUCCAGUUUCAAGAACGACUACAGGAGCUGAUCCUACGAAAGACCCAGAAACGUGUGCGAAAUGCAGAUGAUUCAGAACCCCCUGAGGAACCUCCAAAAGAGCUGCAGGCCUUGCUGGAGGCUUUGGGUCAGAGUACAGCAUCCAAUCCUGACCAGGAGGACAAGCCCAGUCAUGAGGAUAUUGUAUUUAGUGAUGCUGUCAAUAAGGAAGAUCUAGAAUUAACUGAAGAUGAGGAGGCCAUUAAGGCCUACCUGCAGGACGGCGAUCCUCUCCCUCCAGAGAUAUUGGAAAAGGUUUUAUUACAAUGGUGGUACCAAGAACCCUACAAAUCCACAGGGUUUAUUCUGGAGGGCUUUCCUCAGAACCAAGAGGAGGUGUCCUUCAUGCUGGAGCAUCAUUUGUUUCCAGAUGUGGUGGCAGUCAUGUCAGUAGAGGUUACUGAAGUGGUGCGGCGUCUGCUGCCUGCAAAGCUCAUGCGUUGGAGAGAGAGACGUGACCGCAGGCAAGAACAACUGCGUCUGGUCACCGAACUCAGGGAGGGGGCCAUCAACCAGAGAAGAUUUGAGCUCACAGCUGAACGUGCACCCAAAAAACUAAGCCAAAGUGUUGGACUCAAGCCUCCCGAAGAACAGGAGGAUGAGGAUAAAGAAGAUGUGGGAGUAGAAGCAGAGGAGAUGGAUGAAUCGGACCAGGAAUGGGAAGAGAUUGAAGCCAUGUUGCUGGAGGAGUUUCCUCCUUUGGAGGAAGAGGCAGAGGAUGAAGACACAGAGGCCAGUGCAAAAGAAAAGCUGGAGAUGGAGAUCAGUGGGAGGUUUGAGAGGGACAACAACUAUCUCACCAGUAUAAUGGCCCUCCUAACGGACCGCCAAAUUCCACGUCUGGAUAUAAGUGCUGGCCGCAUGCCCCGGAUUGUAAGGUACCAGCUCUUACAGGGAAUCAGUCCUCUGGUGGUGAAUAGACCCUCCCUGUUUCAAAAGUGCCAACCGAUCAGCUACAGCCUUGCCAGAAGACUUCUGUACUGCUCCUUCAAAUAUCCCAGUGCCUUCGGGUGCUGGGAUCCCAUAAGGCUUGCUGAAGGAGAUUUUAUCCAGCCUCUACAGGGCCCUUUCAAAGCCACCUUCCCUGUCAUCCUGCAUCAGUUCAUCUACUUCUUUGCAUCAAAGGAGACACGCAACACCUUCAUCAUCAACCCAAUCAAAUACCUCCGUCAACCAAAACCCAAGCCUUCCCUACCCAUCAAACUGGCCAUCAUUGGCCCACCCAAAGCAGGCAAAACCACAGUGGCACAGAUGUUUGCAAGGGAGUAUGGUCUAGCUCGCCUCUCUAUUGGAAAUGCAGUACGAAUGGUACUCAACAACCAGGCCAAAACUGAUUUGGCUCAUCAGAUGCAGAAGCAUUUGAACCAGGGCCUGACCGUACCUGAUGAACUGGCCAUCCAGUGCCUGGAGGUGGCAGUAAUGAGUCUGAUUUGCAGUACUCGUGGGUUUGUAUUGGAUGGCUUCCCUAUGACCAAGCAUCAGGCUGAAUUAAUGAAAUCCUGCAGCAUUAUUCCUAUGCUAGUGAUUGAACUGCAGCUGGACACAUCAGAGGUGCUGAGGAGAGGCCUGGGAGAAAGGGGGAAAAACAAGAGGCCAUACCCAAUGCAUGAUAGCCCCCAGAUCCUAAACAUCCGCAACUCUUGCUUCAGACGGGAGGUUGAAGCUAUCAGGCUACACUUUCAGCAGCAGUAUCACAACUGGACUCCCAUUGAUGCUCACAGGAGCAAAUGGUGGGUGUGGGAACGAGUUUUAGAUGAGGUUCGCAUAGGCAUGAGACACAUCCGUUCUUACUUGGAAAGGAUUCACAAAGGCCAGGCAACCUGUAUAUACAGACUGUGCAUUACCCCACGAGAGCUGCAGUCUCGGCUGGGUGAGUUUGGAGAACACUGCCCAGUUAGCUUGGCUCUCCAUCGGCAUCUGGUGGACUGCUCCCAUAACACCUCACUGGAAUUUGCCGCAGAGUUCAGGGGUCACUUCUACAAAAUGGCCAGCAAAGAGUUCCUAGAGAGAUUUUUAGAGUCCCCAGACCAGUUUGUGGUUCCAGGCUGCCCCUACAAGCUACCCCCUCCUUCACUUCUUCCUCAUAAGUUGAAUGCAGGCCAAGUGAAGAGCCGGUUCCCACAACAGGUGGAGAUGAAGGGAUUUUGCCCUGUCACUUACCUGGAUGGCCAACACAGAUAUGAAGCCUUGGUACGUGGAAACAUGGAGUAUGCUGUUGAGUACCGAAAUAGGAUCUAUAUCUUUGAGGAUGCGAAAAAGCAAGAGCGAUUUCUUCGGUCACCGGAGACUUACUGGGACCAGAAACUUCCACAUAAACUACCUCCCAUGGAACAGCCAAUUUUGCUAAACUCUUUACCAAACCUGGGCUAUUUGGAACAAGGUCUGGCAGUACCCAUCAUCAAAGCUAUGACUGCAGUUGGUAACCUAAGGCCAAAGUUCCCAUUUCUCAGUGUGAAAAGAUCUGCUAUAUUGUACCUGACCUUUCAUCUGAAAGCAUUCAACGCCAAGAGCCCGGACUAUAUCCGUCAAAAGUACAAAAAGAAACUUAAACAUUUUGAGGAAGGCUGUGAGCUUCUCUCAUACCUGGGUACCAUUAUGGGGAGGCACCAAUCUCCUCACAAUGUGCCCCCUGAUUUUACACUAAAGCUGGACAGGUUUCUGGCUCUGGAAAAGUCCACCAAAACAACCUCAGGCCUGAUACAGCUUGGGGGCAGGUAGAGAGCAACUUUUAAUGAUAAAAACCUUGAGUCAGCAGUGCGACACAUCACAGUAUUUCAAGAUCAGUUUUGGUUGACAUUAAAUCAGUAAAAUAUGCAAGUAUAUAAACAUUAUUAUUUUAUUGUUCUGUUCAAUUGACAAUUCAAUGUGUGAAUGAUCUCAAUAAAUACAUUUUAACAGUUUUUUUUUUUGUUAAGUAUUACUGUCUUGAAAGUUUAGUGUGAAUUUUACUGACAUCUUUCGGUUUAUAUACUGUAUAAGGGUGUUUAUAUUCCUUUAUAUAUAAAUCUCUUCUCUAUAUACACAACAUCACUGGGACCCAUCAUUUAAGCAUACAGGUUUUUUUUUUUUUAAUUGAGAAUAUAAAAUAAUAAUAAUUCUUGUUGCCACCUAAUCUCAGUAUUGGCUGGUACUUUUCUAAUGCAAUUUAAAAAAAUAUUAUGUUACUGUCUCUUUAAGAUGAAUCGCUUAUAUGUUGUUUCCUUCCUCAUUUUGUAAGUAGCUUUGGAUAAAAGCAUCUGCCAAAUAAAUAAAUGUAAAUGUAAAAUGUAGUGUUUCUUCACAUUCUGGCACUGUGAACUUCAAGAGAGUACCGUCUCAUUAAAUGUCUAACAGUGUAUGUACAUGCAUCACAGGAGAUUUAUGUAGUUUUUGUAUUUAUUUCUGAAAUUCUUGAAAAACCCCACCACACAUUUCCACCACAUCUCGAUUUCUGUUUGUUUUCUCUUGUGUUAAAUAGAAUUCCAUGGUGACAAUUACAGUAAUUUAAAUUACAUUUAAACAAAUUC